UCCGCGUCAUCCGUGACACCCCGUCGCCCCAGAGCUACUUAAAGGGACCCAGCUGCGGCUUCGGCUCACACGACAGCCGUUCAGCCAGCGAGCCGAUCUGCAGUGUGGAACCGUCGGAUCUUCAGCAAAGCCUCUUACCGAAUGCUGACGAUGGACAUCGUUCUCAACAACACCUCCCCGGCCCUCUCCGUGCCCCCACAGCAAACCGGCAGAUCCACCGCAAGCACCCCCGGCAGAGGGAGCGGCAAUGAGUAUCUGUACAUUUUAAUAGUCAUGUCUUUCUACGGGGUCUUUCUCUUCGGAAUCAUGCUGGGCUACGUGCGCUCCAAAAGGAGGGAGAAGAAGAAGUCCAACGUGUUCACCAGACUGCUGCACGAAGAGGAGCAGCGCGAAUGGGGCGCCCUGCAGAAGAAACCCAGCCUCACCCUGCCCACCAUCUCAGGCCUGAGGUCCGUCCAGGUGUCGCUUCCUUUCAAGGGACACGGGUGCGACGGCCGGCUCCCCGUUCCGCUGUCUUGUGCGCUGUGUACCAUGGAGCAAAGCAGCGUCAGCUCCCUUUGCUCCUCCGCCGACGUGCACUUCGCCAUCGAGGAGGAAUCCGACAGCCCAGAGGAGGUGGCCGAGGAGGUGGUGAAGACGGCGCCGCCCGGCAGCGAGGAAAACCUCAAAGCGGCUUCGUGAUGGUGGAGGACGGUGAGCCGCCCCCAGAAGCGCCGCUGUCUCACGGGCAUCAGAAACAGAUCUGGAGCUGAUGGGAAGCGGACACGGUCAUAGGAGACGGGGAAUCAGCCGAGUAUUUCUGACUGCUGCGACGCGCCUGGAACCCACUUGAACCCUUAUACUAGUUUUUCUGGUGAAAUAGAUUUUUUUUUUUUUAGAUGUGCACCAUGUGUUUUUUUCCCCCUGUAGGCCUAUUAACACGCCUGUUUUCGUAUUGUGUGUGUAUAUAGAGUAAAUUAAGAGGUUUUGUAAAUAUGUUAAUUUUAUUCAUUUAUUUAUAAACGUUAAUUGAAUUCACUUUCUCUAUGUUUAAUAAAUCAUCCAAAUCUA